UCUCCUUUCUCUCUCUAAAAAUCUUCUUUCUCUCUCUAAAACUCUACUUUCUUUCUCUCUCUAAAAAUCUUCUCUCUCUCUCUAAAACUCUUCUAUAUUACUAUAAGAAGUUGAAAGACCUCAAUUUCCAUCAUUUUCUCUCUCUACAACACCCCUAUCUCUUUCUAUAAGAACUCUCUCUCUAGAACGUCGAUUUCUCUCUCUUUUGAAGUGAGAAGGCACGAGCAGACGUGCCUGCGUCUAAUGAUGGGGAGGGUCAAAUCAGAGAAUUCAAUCUGAAAAUCGCAGGGCUUUUGAUGCAGGGACAAGGACCCAGGUACACAAGCAAAGAAGCACUUCUGAAAAGGCCUAAGAGUUGCAGGAGUUGGGUCUGACAGGUGAGGAAUUUGAGAGAAAGACAGGUUAUAUGCUAGGGUCGUAUUCUUUACUAUAAUUGAGGACUGAGUUCAAAGAUCUUGGCUAUGGUUUCUUAGUAAAUGUCCAUCUAUCAUCAGAUGCCUCAUCAACACGUGCAGGCUUUUGGAUCUCUGAAGACCAGAGUUAUGAUGCAGAUGAUUGGGAAGAGAGGGUUUAUUCAGGCAAUGGAGUUGUAUCAGUGUUAGCAAAACAAAAGGAAGAAAGAAGAAAAAGCCUGAGAAUGAGAAACCUAACCGACAACCAGCAUGGGCUGAAUCAUCAACAAAUUAAUUCACACUUUCACUUUCUCUCUCCACUGUUAACUCUUUGAGGUAAAAAAGAGGUGGAUUUCUACAGGUACUGAUUGGUUAGUGGAUGUACAGUUAAAAAGAAAUCAAAACCCAAGUUUUGGUACUCAUAAAAGCAUUUUGGUACCCUCAAUUCAAUCAAAUUCCAUUUCAAGUGGUCAAAGAAGAAGAGAGAGAGAAUCAGAGUAGAAGUGGAGUUGAUAGAGAGAAAGAGAUUCAGAAGAAAGAGAAGCAGGAGAAGAGAGAAGCAGCUGAAAAGAGAGAAGGAAAAGUAGAAUUAGAAGAAGAAAGAGACUCAGAAGAAGGGAGAGAAACAAGCCAUGGCGACCUACUAUCCAGGAACUGAGAUACAACCUGAUAAUCUCCAAACCCUCUAUCUCAUGAACCCUGGAUAUGUCGGCUAUGCAGAGGCCACACCCUCUGCAAAUCCAGGAAACAUGGUGCUCUUAAACCAUGUUAAUGGAAAUCCAUUAACAAUUGGUACCAAUCUCUCUCAAAACCCAAACCAACAACCCCAGCAUUUCAUAGGAAUCCCCCUUCAAGGCCCAGACCCACAACGCCAGGUACUCACUGUAAACCCGACUGACAUAAACCCUAAUUUGCUUGCCUCUCGAAUUUCAGGCCAUCACCAAUACAAUCAAUGGAGGAAUUCAGGCAAUGAACUCACCUUUCUCCAAGCAAUUGAUCAAUCUCAGGCCAGUACUAACCCAUCCCAAAUCGCAAAUAUGAACAGUUCUGUCUCUCUCUCUCAUCACCAACCUGUUCAGGAAAUCACGAAUUCUCAGAUGGGUAUUCGAAGAGGUCCCAUGGCAUCUGAUCAAACACAACAGGGGGCUCUCUCUUUGAGCCUUUCAUCCCAACAACCAUCGAAUGGUCAGUUUUCUUUUCAUUCAAGUGGCCAUGGAGUCUCUCAGAGCAUGAAACAGGGGACUGUGGACUCUGUUUCGUCAAAUUUACAGGGGGUUCUGAUGGGUUCAAAGUAUUUGAAGGCGGCUCAAGAGCUUCUUGAUGAAGUUGUUAGUGUAGGGAAGGGAGUUAAGACUGAUUCAGGGAAGAGAGAGAAAUCCCAAGUUAAGAUUGGUAGAGAGAUGGCGGUUGAAGGUUCAGGAGCAGAGAGUAGUGGGAAGAAGGGUUCCGAAUUGAGCACAGUCGAGAGGCAGGAAGUUCAGAUGAAGAAGGCGAAGCUUGUCGCCAUGUUAGAUGAGGUGGAUCAAAGAUACAGACAAUACCAUCACCAGAUGCACCUAGUGGUUUCUUCAUUUGAGGCGGCAGCUGGAUUAGGGGCUGCAAAAACAUACACUGCCCUUGCUUUGCAAACUAUAUCAAGGCAAUUUAGGUGCCUUAGAGAUGCAAUAUCUUCACAAAUAAAAUCAGCUAGUAAGGCUUUAGGGGAGGAGGACUGCCUUAAUGGUGGAAGAGGGGAGGGCUCAAGGCUAAGGUAUGUUGACCACCAAUUGCGACAACAAAGGGCUUUACAGCAACUUGGUAUGAUCCCACACAAUGCAUGGAGACCUCAGAGAGGUCUGCCAGAGAGAUCAGUGUCUGUUCUUCGAGCAUGGCUCUUCGAACACUUUCUUCACCCAUACCCAAAAGAUGCAGAUAAGCACAUGCUUGCUAAGCAGACAGGGCUUACUCGAAGCCAGGUCUCCAACUGGUUCAUAAAUGCAAGGGUGAGGCUUUGGAAACCCAUGGUUGAAGAGAUGUAUAUGGAGGAAAUGAGAGAACAAGAACAGGACAAGGGAUCCGAUGAGAAAACUAGCAAAAGUGAGAUUAAUGACGACUCUUCAAUGAAGUCUGGCCAUCAAGAAAACAACCCAACUGAGCAAAACAAUCAUCUUCUCAUACCCAAGCAGGAUGCCAACAACGAAUUUAAGUCCUCUUCCACAUCAGGUUUUAGCUUAAUCAAAUCCCCAGGCCCACAAGACCUCCAUGAGAGAGAAGCUCUCGAACAGGGGCCGCCCAAGAAGUUGAUGAGGGAGAAGAUUUCCAUGAAUUUGCAUGACACAAGCUCCCUGCCCUCUAUUGAAGUGGACCUGAAGUCAGAGGAGGCAAACAGUGGAGAAUACAUUAAAUUUGGAGAUGGUAGGCAGAGUAGAGAGGACUUUGGACUUGAUGAUCAUGGUGGUGGAUUUGGAUCAGCGUAUCACAUUGGGGAUUUAGGUCGGUUUGGGCAUGAACAAUUUGCUCCGAGGUUUUCGGGAAAUGGAGUCUCUCUCACUCUAGGCCUUCCUCAUUGUGACUCUCUUUCUCUAGCUGGAACUCAACAGGCAUAUCUCUCUAACCCAAAUUUGCAAAUGGGAAGGCGACACGAGCUUGGUGGCGAGCCAAAUGAUUUCUGCAGCAUGAACACAGCUUCAGCGACUGCUCAUUCUGCAAAUCCUUAUGAAAAUCUCAGCAUACAAAACAGGAAGCGUUUCGCUGCUCAAUUGCUCCCUGAUUUUGUGGCCUAAAGCCGAAGUGACACAGCUACACAAGGAGGAUUCUCUCGCUGCUACUCUCCCUCUUUUAACAAUGGAGUUCUCUCUCUAUUAAUCAGUCAGCACAUUAUACAAUCUCCUUCUCUCUCUCUCUCUCUCUCUCUCUCUCUAGGAUGCUGCCUUUCUCUCACAUACUUGCGCAGCAUUAUAUUUAGAAUUCUCUCUCUACCUGUCUUAGCAAGAUGUAACAGUAAAUGAUGAGUUAGACCCAUAUGUUAGAAAGUGUUAAGAGUUUAUGUAUAGUUGAUUGUUGGGAUAGGGAUUGGUUAGAGCAACCAUAUGGUUACUGGGCUGCUUCUAUCAUGGAAACAAGUAGUGGCCCUAUUGUAAAAUAUUGUUAGAUUGCAGAAUAGGUGAGUCAAGGAGAAGAAGGGGAAUGUUUCAGUGCUUGGGUAUAUUUACAGGUUGAGUUUUUCAACAAGUUGAGGGACUUGUAUAUUAUUUUAUCCCCAUGGGACAUAGAUAUCAAUCAAGAAUAAUGGAAAAUUUCAGAUCUUUGAGCAAAUUUAUGAUAUAAAUUUCUCCUUUU